CCAGAUCUCACACUCUCCGCCCGACCGAUCGCUUUAUCAACAAUCUGCCUCCUUUCAUCACGCUCACCUCCAGGUACUGCGCAUACAAAGCCAAUUCGGCCUUCUCAGCAACUGAGCUCUUCCUAUCGCAGCAAGCUCAAAUAUUGCGCCAAGUCUCCGUCCUUAGGCACAUUUGCUUGUCCGCACCAAGCCUACCUCUUCGCUCAAAAUGGCCCGCAUCCAGAUUCCGAUAGACGUCUUGACGUCUCGCUUGAACAUCGGGGAUCGCUUCGCCAGUCUCCGAUCCGGUUCGCUCGCCAGUCGCUUCUCAAACCUGCGGCCCAUCUCCGAGUUCCUCGACGUCAAGCGUGUGAACAAGCCAGCCAAUUUCGCCGAGAUGCAGUCGCGAGUCAACUACAAUCUUGGCCACUAUUCGAGCAACUACGCCGUCGUAUUCACCAUGCUCUGCAUUUACGGCCUGCUCACCAACUUUCUGCUGCUAUUCGACAUCAUCUUCAUCGUAGUUGGCAUGUACGUGAUCGGCAAGCUCGACGGCCGCGACCUCGAGUUAGGCCAGCAACGCUUCUCCACGGUCCAGUUGUACACGGGCCUAUACGUCAUCGCCAUCCCCAUCGCAUUGAUCUCUGGUGUCUUUGGCACCAUGAUGUGGUUGAUUGGCGCCAGCGGCGUGGUCAUUCUCGGCCACGCUGCCCUUCUUGACAAGCCAAUCGAUGAGGCUUUUUCUGGGGAGGCGGUCUAGGUGGUCGGCCGCGAGCUCCCAAACAUGCGCCCCAAUGGGGAAGACCAUCGAGGCGCGAGAGGAGGAUACAUGAGGCGCGCACUAAGGAAGAGGAGAAUUGGUGGGAGUUUGGCCAGC